AUGCAUUAUGGUCCACCGACCACUUUGCAUGCCAUCCCUCGAGCAUCCGUGCUGCUCCGUGUAGACACGCUCCGACCUGAUCGUUUCGAGGCUCGCCAGUCCCAGUUCCAGCUUGGCAUCCAUCGCUACAGUGUCGGCUUAGCCGAAAGAGACAACACGAUGCUCAGCCGCCAUCCAUCAACAUCUCCAGACUCUUCAUCCAACCCAUCGGCCGACUCUCCAUUCGUGCCAUCACUGUUGCAUCGAGGCUGGCAGCAAUCGAAGCGCACUGUCAAGGUUGGAAUCACCGGAAAGUACGGUACCCGUUACGGUGCCUCGCUCCGUCGCCAGAUCAAGAAGAUCGAGAUCUCGCAGCACUCCAAGUACACUUGCACCUUCUGCGGCAAGGACUCGGUCAAGCGCAAGGCCGUCGGCAUCUGGGAGUGCCGCGCCUGCAAGAAGGUCAUGGCCGGCGGCGCCUGGACCCUCAGCACCUCGGCUGCUGCCACCGUCCGAUCCACCAUCCGACGUCUCCGUGAGCUCACCGAGGCCUAA